AUUAUUAUUAAAUCCUGUUUUGAUUGAUUCACGUUCAGAUCUGAAAGAUGAUUGCAAUGUUUUGAUCUCGUCGGAAAAGUGAAGGUGAAUAUGAAAAAUCGAGUGGUUUCGUUUUGAUGUUGAUGGCGACGACGACGAUGAUGAUAAUACGCAUUCCCUGAACCUUGUUGUAUCUUUGAUUCGAUGGCGUCCUCCAGCUCCGGCAAGAAGAUCCAAGCUAAUGCUACCGACGACGAACUCACCGAACAAGAAGAAGAAGAAGAAGAAGAAGAAGAAGAAAGUCUCGAGCACUUCGAUGAUUUCACUCUUGCUUCUUCGUGGGAACGGUUUAUUUCUGAAAUAGAGGCAGUAUGUCGGCUUUGGAUGUCUGAUGGGCCGAAUAAUUUAUCGAAGAAAGGUGCAGUUCUCUUGGAGGAUUCUCGUGAUUUGUACAAGGUGAAAUCUGAAAUGAAGUAUGCGAUGAAAACUUACUGCAUGGAGUACUAUUUUGAGACCAAUGCAGUUGAUUCAGGAAAACCGGUGGACAGGAAUUUUAAUUUGCAUGAUCUGCAGUUAUGUUUUGGCGUAAAGGAGUUUUUGGUGAUAGCUCCUCAGAGUGCAAGUGGUGUGGUUCUUGAUGCGCCAGAGGCUAGCAAGCUCUUGAGUGCUGUUGCAAUUGCUUUGUCUAAUUGUUCAAGUUUAUGGCCAGCAUUUGUUCCAGUUCAUGAUCCUUCUCGCAAAGCUUAUAUUGGAAUUCAGAGCAUGGGUACUGUAUUUACUAGAAGGUUUGAAGCAGAUCGAAUUGGUAGUCAGGUUCCAGUAAAACUUAUGCAUUUGGAGGGGCUGUACGAGUUAUUUGUGUCUAAGUUUGCCUACUCCACAUUGGAUCUAUCUGUUCACAAUUUCAAAGUCCGAUUUGCAAUGAAGCUAACAUUCAGAACACUUCCCUAUGACGAUGACUAUAUGAAAGAUGCCAAAAUUACCCAAUCUGGAGAAAAUCUUUCUGGUGAAACAUCCAAUGGGAAGCAAUGGGAUGAUGAUUGUUUUUGGAGUGAGUGGUAUUCUGCAGAAGAUCCUGUUAAAGGUUUUGAACUGAUUGCAAUAUGGUCUGAGAAGAUGGUUGAAAGUUCUAUGGAAAUGGCUGAAAUGGAAAAUGCCUCACCUCAUGAAGCUGAGAAGUGGAUGAUCUCUCUAAGACUUGAAGGUUCAAGUGGGAAUCGGAUUGGAUUUGCAUCCCAGUUGCAUCUUCUAGUUGAUGCAUUGCAAAUGUCAUUUGAGGCACAAUUUAUAGAAGAUUUUGUUUCAGUUGAAAAUUCAGGUUCUGAUAAUUUAAAAUCCUCAAUGGUUAUACCUCCACCAACAGUUAGAGAUCGUGUAUUGAAAGAAUUGUUUAUUGAGGGCAUACAGUUCUAUGAUUUCGCUGAUGGACAUAAUAAGACUUCUCGAGCUGUAAAAGGCGCACCUCUUGGAUCUCUCUUUGCACAAUUUUGUUUACAUUCUCUUUGGUUUGGCAACUGCAAUAUACGUGCUAUUGCUGUGCUUUGGAUAGAGUUUGUUCGAGAGGUUAGGUGGUGCUGGGAAGAGUCACAACUAUUACCCAGAAUGCCAACUAUUGGAUCAAUUGACCUUUCCACUUGUUUGAUAAACCAGAAACUUCAGAUGCUUGCUAUAUGCAUUGACAAGAAGUGUCAGCUGAAUGAAGAUUAUCAAGAUUGUAUUGGAACUAUGGAUCAAAUGGACUCCAUGAGUGAGGAAGAAAGCGUAGUUGGGGAUGGCUCAUUCAGUGUACAAACGCCUAGUGAGGAUUAUUCAGGGAAAGUUGACAGGGGAGAAAAUCCUGUUAGCACAAAGCCAGGAGAUGUGGAUCUGUUGCAUGAGAAGAAAUCUUCAGACUUGAUCAGGAGGGGUUCAGCUGGUAUUGUUGAUUCUAUGAUGCUUCUCAAGUCAUAUCAAAGUAUGCAUGCCCCAUAUACACAGGAAGCACCACUUAUGACCGAAGACAUGCAUGAGGAGCGGCUUCAGGCUGUUGAAGCCUUUGGUGAUUCAUUUAAUUUUUCUGCUCAGCUGGAAAAGGAUAUCUUAACUUCAGAUAUGUCAGCAUUUAAAGCAGCAAACCCAGAUGCUAUUUUUGAAGAUUUUAUUCGGUGGCAUUCACCUGGGGAUUGGGUAGAGGAUAAUGAUCCUGAGGGAAGUGGAUCAUCAUCAUUAUCGUCCAAUGCUCUUGACAAUAAGAAGGCAAAAGAAAGUUGGUCUCCACGAGGGCAGCUUUCUAAGAGAAUGUCUGAGCAUGGAAAUUUAUGGAGAAAGCUUUGGAAUAGCGCACCUGCUCUUCCUGCUUAUGAACAGAAACCUCUUCUUGAUCCAAAAAGAGAAGGAGAAAAAGUUCUUCACUAUCUCGAAACUCUACAACCACAUGAAUUGCUUGAGCAAAUGGUAUGCACUGCCUUCAGAGCCGCAGCCGACACACUAAGUCAGACUAGUUAUGGAGAACUGAAACAGAUGGAGACUGAGGUGCUGCAACUUUACCGAACCUUGGCAUCUGCUUUGAGGCCUUUGCAAGUAAAUCGCUUGUCUGCAGACAGUGAAACGUUUGAAGACUUACGACGACUAACCGUUGCUUUUGAACGUGUUGAGAAAUUAUUGACUUUUGCAGCUUCUCUUCAUCGCAAGCUCAUACAAGCGCCACGCCUCUCCAGAGAAAUUUUCACUGGUUACUACAAUUUUUAUAUUCAAACAACGGGAACAGGCUUGACAGAGGACAUUGCUGAAAAGGAAUUUGACAAGAAACAUGAAGUGAGGAACAAUGAGAGGAAAGUGUUGUCAAAUAUGUUUGUUCCUCCAACCGCUAACCAGUCUUGGAGAAAGGUUUUGAGCAUGGGCAAUCUCCUCAAUGGUCAUGAACCGAUCCUCAGAGAGAUUAUUUUUUGGCUGCGUGAUAGAGUGAAUUCUAAUCACUAUGCAGCUCGUAGUGGUAGUAUUUCUCAACAAGAAAUUGAAACUUAUAGAAUGUAUAUAUGUGGAACGUCAAAUGACCUACGUGUAGCUCUUUCUGUUGUCUCGUGUGAUUAAUAUUAUGGUGUUUAUUUAUUACAAUUAUGAUUA